UUUAAACGAGCCCGGACGAGCUGAGCUGAGAUUCACGAAGGGAAGGAAUGAAGUUUAGUACGCUGACAUUAAACGACAGAAUUAACAAGAAGAUCCCUUAGCAACACGAAUUAAAACGUUAUUGCUGGAUGUUGAGACUCAAGUAGCCUAUUCAGUCGAGCCGAUGGUUCAACUUUGAGGAGGCUCUGCAGUGGACAUCGCUCACGAGAAAUGAUGAAGGCGAGAGGAAGGAGUGCGCACUCAAGGAGGCUGUGAGGUGAUGCUGUGACACAUUCAACAGCAUUCAGCGGAGUCAGCACGUUGUGUUACAUCUAUGGACUGCGGUGGUGGAUGUGGGCAAGAUCUGAGAAGCAUGGGGCCAGUAUGCGUUGAAGAACGGAGGUGUAUGGCAGUGGUUUAAAAAGGCACAUCUCGAUCAGAGAAACCUACCAAGUACUAACUCUACUGGAUUUUACCCAAAGGGAGGCUGUUGAUAACCUAUGUGGUUUAGACAUUUCCUUCACGGAUGUGGAUACUAGGCUUAUUUUAUGUGUCCAGCACAACAUAUCAACGGUGGUAGAUUUAUCCCCCAUUUAUUUACAGAUUUUUUUAGAAGAUUUGUUCUCUUCCAGUCCCCCUCCCCCCUUUUUGCACCUGCUUUGCUUUGUCAAAGCUUACCGAGCGCUUUAGAGCGCUGCUUUUACUUGCAUCUCCGUACAUCGUGCAUGGAUUCUACAUGAACUGGGGGUUUUGUGAGGACUGCAGUGAUGUUCCCAUUUACUGAUAUCGCCUCACAGCUAACAUUACCUGACAGAAAUGGACUGCCAAUACAUUUUUGGGAAGAGAAAAUCAGCGGGCAUUAAAUUAUGAAUGUUGAACAAGAUGACCUCUUACCAUCAGCGCCAGAUGUUGAGAGGUCCUAAAUGGAACAGGGCUUGGUUUGACCCCCUGUUUCUCCUGCUUUUAGCCCUGCAGUUGCUUGUUGUCGCUGGAUUGGUACGAGCUCAAACUUGUCCUUCCGUAUGUUCCUGCAGUAAUCAAUUUAGUAAGGUCAUCUGCACACGCAGAGGGCUAAAGGAUGUCCCUGAUGGCAUCUCCACUAAUACACGGUAUCUAAACCUUCAGGACAAUCAGAUCCAGGUCAUCAAAGUAGACAGUUUCAAGCAUCUACGACACCUUGAGAUUCUUCAGCUUAGCAGAAACCACAUCCGCAACAUUGAGAUUGGCGCCUUCAAUGGGCUGACCAGCCUUAACACUCUGGAGCUUUUUGACAAUCGUCUCACGACCAUCCCAAAUGGCGCCUUUGAGUAUCUAUCAAAACUGAAAGAGCUGUGGCUUAGGAAUAACCCUAUUGAGAGCAUACCGUCUGAUGCCUUCAGUCGCUUGCCCUCCCUGCGGCGGUUGGACUUGGGAGAGCUGAAGCGUCUCUCCUACAUUUCGAGUGGAGCAUUUCAGGGCUUAAGUAACCUUCGGUACCUGAAUCUGGGCAUGUGUAACCUCAAAGAGGUCCCCAAUAUUCAGCCCUUGAUUCGCUUGGAUGAGCUGGAGAUGUCUGGGAACCAGCUCACCGUCAUUCAGCCCAGUUCUUUUAAGGGUCUCGUUCAUCUUCAGAAGCUGUGGAUGAUGCACGCCCAAGUCCAAACCAUAGAGCGGAACUCCUUUGAUGACCUGCAUUCUUUACAAGAGCUCAACCUGGCUCACAACAACCUUACCUUUUUGCCCCAUGAUCUCUUCACGCCUUUACACCACCUGCAGCGAGUGCAUUUGCAUCACAAUCCCUGGAACUGCAACUGUGACAUUCUUUGGCUGAGCUGGUGGCUGAGAGAGACCGUACCUACGAACACCAGCUGCUGCGCCCGCUGCAAUUCCCCUCCCAGCCUCAAGGGGCGCUACAUCGGUGAGCUAGACCAGAGCUACUUUCAGUGCUACGCGCCUGUUAUCAUUGAGCCACCUGCCGACCUCAAUUUGACUGAAGGAAUGGCGGCAGAGCUCAAAUGUCGGACGAAUUCCGUGACCUCGGUCAGCUGGCUAACACCAAAUGCGUACACCAUUCCUGUGACUGACAUAGACAUUGAUGGGGCUCUCAAUGGUUUGGAGGAGGUGAUGAAAACCACCAAGAUCAUCAUUGGCUGCUUUGUGGCCAUCACACUCAUGGCUGCUGUCAUGCUCAUAAUUUUCUACAAGAUGCGCAAGCAGCACCACCAGCAGGAUCAUGAUGGGCCGACCCGCACCAUCGAGAUCAUCAGUGUACACGAGGAGCUGACGAGGGUUCCAGCCAUGGAGAGUCACUUGACUCUUCCGCCCUUGGAGCAUUACAACCACUAUAACUCCUACAAAACUGCUUAUAACCAUGUGUCGGCUCUCAGCUCGCUGCAUAGUUCAGUGCAUGAACCUUUACUAAUCCAAGCCAGCUCAAGGGAUAACGUGCAGGAGACACAAAUUUGACCAUGUUGGACGAAUUGAACUCUACUAAUGCUGUUUAAAUUUUGGUUGUGGACACGCUGUCAGAAUGAAGAUGACAGUGUGCUUUAAGACCUUCAGCAAUGUCAGUGAG